GGUCGCAAAAAAAAUGAAAGCGGGUCCCUCCUUCUCCCGUCAUGCCUUGCGACGCCGUUUGCCCGACCGUCGCGAGCACGGGGAAGUAGGAGGGGUUUAAAGCGGAGGGCGGCAAGCGUGGCGGCUGUUAGGCGUAGCGGGCAGUUCGGCAACGGGAAAGGCAUGGCAGCGCCCGGCGUAGUUUCGGGGGAGCUCAGUCUGAUGGACAAGGGCAUCAAAAGUUUAGGAGAAUUACCUUUAAGUUCAGAGCUUCACACCCUUAACUUGCACUGUAACCAAAUCUCCAGAAUUGAAGGGCUCAGCCACCUGUCUAACCUGCAGCACCUGGAUCUCUCAUCAAACCACAUAGCUUCCAUUGAAGGGCUCAGUUCCCUUGCCAACUUGCGCACCUUAAACCUGGCUUGUAACUUGAUAACAAAAGUUGAAGGAUUGGAAAAGCUCUUUAGCUUAACUAAACUGAAUUUGUCUUACAACCGCAUACAUGACCUUUCAGGACUUCUACAUCUUCGUGGAUCAAAUUGCAAAGUCAGUCACAUUGAACUCCACAGCAAUUGUAUAAGCGAUCUUAAUCAUUUACUCCAGUGCCUGGCUGGGUUGCAACACCUGACCAACCUGUCUUUAGAGAAGAAUGGAAAAAGUAAUCCAGUGUGUGCCAAAAUAGGCUACAGAGAGAUCCUCCUUCAGGUCUUACCCCAGCUAACCAUCCUAGAUGGAAGGAAUAUAUUUGGGGAGCCAGUGAACUCGGUGGAAGCAAACUUAUCAGAUUUGAAGUGCCUAGAAGAUCUUUUGGACUGCUUGACUUCAUCCAGUUCUCCAGAAGAUGAAGAAGAGGUCCAUAUUAAUUGGCCAGUCCUAACACCCCGUAUUGAUCAAGUGCUGGCUCAGUUUCGCCAGCGCAGAAAUACACCAAUGUGGCCUGUUACUAGCUCAUCCACUGAGGUCAUUUCCUCUUCUGAGCCAGAAAGAAUUAAAUUCAGCGAUGACUUGAGAAUAAAAAAGCUUGAGGAUCAGAUAUCACACCUACUAGAAAAGGUGUCUCAUUCUUCAAAAGCUGGUGUCACCCUGAAUGUUCACAAAGCAAAAAGAGAUACAGAUCCGACUUCAGAGAGUGAUGGUGAAAGUGGAAAAGAGAACAGAAAAAUAGCUAAAAAAAGCAAGCUCCCUAAUUAUCGGAAAGCAGUUUUAUCUGCCAGGAGCCGUACUCAGAGAAGCAAGAUCUCGGAAAGGGGAGAAGAGCAGACUUGCAUAAAGUCAAAAAAUCAAAGAUCUCAGAUCCAAAAGGAAGACAAUUCAAGUCCAUCCUCAGAAAUACCAAGCUUGGAGAUAGUUGGGAAAUCACCGAAAAAACUAGAUGGGCAGAAAAGUGAAAUGAAAAAACUAAAAACUCUGGAUCUUGAUACUCCAGAAGAGUCCACCUAUAGAGCGCUAAUUCAGGAACUAGAUCAGGAGAGAGAAAAGAGAUGGAAGGCUGAACAAGCUGAAAAGAAAGCAAGAGAAAAUCUCAAGGAGCUGCAAGGCCAAGCAAAAGAAGAAAAGGAUAUUCAAAGUAUGGCCAUAUAUACUACAGAUAGCAAAAACCUCAGUAGUCUUAAGAACUAUGAUGGAUUCAGGCUUAGAGGUUUUCUAGUUCAGCAUUCUCUUCUUCGUGUGGGCAACCAGAUGUCUAUGAGAAGUUUGUGGGGUAUGAGUGCCAUCCUGUUUGUGUUUUCCAGCAUAGUGAUGAAACAGAUUCAGGCUGCAGAACUUAAAGCUUCAGCUGCUGAGAGGGAAGUGCAGUUACUUCGAAUAUCUCUUCGGCAGCAGAAACAGAAGAUGGAACAAGUCCAUGAACUUCUUACACUGAGAGAGCGAGAACACAGAAAAGAACUCGAAACUCGUGUUACGUUAAAUGGCUCAGAAUUCCAAGAAGCUCUGUCAAAAGAAGUUGCUAGGGAGCAACAGAGGCAGGAGAACCAUAUUAAAGAACUGAAGGAGAAAAUUGAGCAGAUGAAUCAAAGUUACAAGGACCUAGAAGAUGAGUUUCGUAUUGCUUUAACUAUAGAAGCCAAAAGAUUCGCGGAGGUUAAAGAAGCUUUUGAUGAGGUUUCAGCAGAGCUAAUUGAGCGUAAGAAUGCUCUUGUUCAGUCCCAGCAAAAAGAAAAGCAGUCGGCUACUCUGAUCCAAGAGCUGACAUCCAUGGUGAAAGAACAAAAAGCUAAGAUCACAGAAUUAGUUAAAUCAAAGCAAGAAACAACUUACAAUUUGAAAAGUCAAAUCCGAAUGCUUGAAAAUAUGGUGGAGGACGAUAAAGAGAAGACCAUUCAACUUGAGCUUCUUAAGCAAGAAAAAUCAAAACUUAUUUUACAGAUGACAGCCCAAGAGUCUCUAAUUGAUGGAUUAAGAGCAGAAAGGAAACUGUGGAGCCAGGAGCUAGCACAACAGGGAGCUUCUCUUGCUCAAGAUCGAGGAAAAUUGGAAGGCAGAAUAGAAGUUCUUACCAGUGAGAAUGAAGCUAUGAAAAAACAAAAUGAGCGCAGCAGUGAUGCACUGAAGAUCAAGUCUAAGAUAGUAGAGGAUCAAACAGAAACAAUCAGAAAGUUAAAAGAAUCCUUACAGGAACGAGAUGAGCAAAUAAGAAGGCAUCGCGAAGAAAGUUCUGAAAUCCAAAAGAGACUUCAAGUUCAGCUAGAGGAAAAAGAGGCACAGCUAGAUGACCUGAUGGAAAAUUUAGAAAGGCAAAAUGAGAGAAAAGAGGAACUCAAACAACAGUUUCAAGAGAAAGAUGCAGAGCUUGAAGCUGUCAAGAAGUCUUACAGUGCACUGAAUAAGAAGUGGCAAGAUAAAGGGGGAUUGUUGACCAAGCUGGAAGUGCAGGUGAAACAAAUGAAAGAAAAUUUUGAUGUCAAAGAGAAGCAACUGAUUGAAGAAAGAGAUAAAAGUCUUCAGGCUCAGAGGAUACUCACAGAAAAGCUACAUUCUAUGGAUGAUGCUUUCCGGAGGCAACUGGAAUCAACAUUAGCGGCACAUCAAGCGGAAUUGGUUCGGCUAGCAAAUGAAAAGCAACAAGAAAUUGUGAAAGCAAAUGAAAAGGUUUAUCAGGUUGAAGAAGAAAUGCGUCAGUUACUACAGGAAACUGCAAGUAAUAAGAAAGCUAUGGAAGAGAAAAUUAAACGACUUACCAUUGCUUUGAGUGAUAUUCAGCAGGAACUUUGAAAUACAAAGAAACUGACACUCUUCAAGUGUCUUAGUAAAAAUAAUUAAAAUUCAUUAAUUCAUUAAAAUAAUUAAAAUGUUCUCAAUGA